GAACUGUUCUUUAUUCCGCUCUCCUAAUAGACAAAAGCCUAUUACUUUUCCGCGCCGGCUAACAAAAGCGAGCCGCUCGAGAGAGAAAAAAACUUUAGGUUAGCAGAAAAAAAGUCGGCAUGUUGCUUUACGAUGGCGAGUGAAGUUUUCAUUUAGAGAUGAGAAGCCAAGAGAGAAAAUUUUCAUUAAGCAAUGAUCGAGCGACUGCACUGGAACUCUUGAGACUUCAAGAAGCGGCGCAAUUAGCGAACGACCAGCUCGCAGCUCGAAGAGUCUUUGUAAGAAACGACAAGCUCUCGCACGUGGUUCAUGCAGUUUUAAAUUUGGCUCAGUUCCUCACUGCACUGAUGGACGAAAUCUUUCACCAUGUGCACCAUGCAAUUAACCGAAGGAUGCGCGAGACGAAUCCCGAUAUUCCAGACAUGCCGGAGGAAAGGAAUCCGAUUUUUUUCGUUUACCCGAUCUGCAUGGGAAUUAGCCUAAUCUUGUGCAUUUUGUGGCUGGCCACGGGGCACUUGAAUCGCAGGCCAAUCAUGGCUUUACUUGGAAACGCAGUAGGGGGAAUUUUAAUGAUGAUCGGCGGCAUUUCAGCUAUGCACCACGCUGAAAAACACAUAAAUCUCAACGAGGUGUCCGAUGAAGAAUUAUUGACCCAUCCGAUCUUUCUCCAUAACUUCAUCAUCUGCAUAAUCUCACUGUUUGGCAUGACUCUCUACCUCGUACCUACCUGGAUCUUGUUCGACGUUUACAAAUGGAAAAAAGGACAAACUAAAGUUGUAUCGAACGAAAAACCUAAGAAAAAAUCACGUUCAGAAGCUGUAAGUCACUGUAGAUGUCAGCAUUCUAGAAGAAGCAGUCGUGGCAGUCCCCGUCACAGUCCACGAAGUAGAGAAACCAAUGCAGAUGCGAAUAGUAUUAACCGCGGUUCCGAUGUCAGUGCAUCACCUGUAAAAAGUGCAAAGAGCGAGCAGGAUGUAAUUAAUGAUCCUAUAAUAUUGUACUGUUGCUGCAUCGAUUGCCAUCGAUAUUUAAAAGCUGCUAGGCAAGCAGAUAGUUUUACGCAUGAAUUUCAAGUGGUUCAAGUAAUGUAACAUUCCUGCACGAUAGUAGGCAAUGUGAAGUGCCAUUCAACAGGCACACUUUGAAGUGACCUUUUAACUUUUAACUUGGUUCAAUUUAACAUAGAAAAUAUACACUUUUAUUGAACAAUAAAUGGUAGGUAAAAAAAAAAAAUAAAAUCAUGCAAAUACCAAAUUCAAAUU